AUGAGCUUCUGGCUGGACCCUGGUCUUGGGUUUCUCUGCAAGAAUCCCGGGCAGCCCCAGGAGCUAGGGGGAGGUUCCUGGGAUGGUGAGAACAAGCUGGGCUUCCAGGGCCGCAGGCCUGCUCCCAGCCUGCCCCCGCGUCCGCCCCUUCGCUGUCCGUGCCUGCCAGAGGCGGGGCUCCAGAGCUCACCUGGCCGUUUGGGGCGGGGCCGCCCGCGAACUAGAGAAGCGGCGACGGCGGCGCGCCAGCGCCAGUUCCUCUCCCGGUGGGGCCCGGGAAGGGCAGCGAACGCUACACACUGGAACGGCCGCGGCGGCAGCUGCAAGACCAUGGCCCAGUCCCGACGGGUCGCGAACCCGGAGCCCAAGGCCUCUCUCGUGCCGUCCGCGCUGAGCCUGCGGGGCGCGCCGCAGCCCCGCCCCUCGAGAGUGGACACCGGUAGCCUGGGCAGGUACCGAGGCAACUCUGCUGCCGCUGCCUCCCGGGAGCCCCCCUUCCAAGGCAUGCUGAUGCUUUCCGGAGCGGGCUCGGGGCGCCGGCGAGGAGCGCUGCGGGAGUAUCUGCGGCCCGACGCGCCCCAGAGGCUGCGAGAGCUGUCGGGGGCCGAGGACUGGGAGGCGGUGGGCAGCAGCGAGCCUAACAACUCCAAUAACAACAGCAGCGGCGCCGCUGCGUGGAUGCUGAGACGAACCCCGAGCUCAGCAGGCAAGAAGGCCGUGGGGACAAACACGAGAGCCGCGGCGGCGCCGGCCAAGGAGAAGGACGCCACGAGCAGCCGGGUGGCGCAAAUUCAGGGCCUUUUCCGUCAUCUGUUCCCCUUCUUCCAGGACCGUUGA